UCUUGAGUUCAGGAAAACUGAAACUUCACUGUCAGGUUUUUGUUUUUCUUUUCUAAAAUGGCAGAAGCCAGUGUUUCUUUGGCUCAGGAUGAGUUCAUCUGUUCAAUCUGUUUGGAUUCACUUAUAGUUCCAGUGACGAUUCCCUGUGGACACAGUUACUGUAUGAGCUGUAUUACAGACUACUGGGAUCAAGAUGAUCAGAAAAGAAACUACAGCUGCCCUCAGUGCAGACAGACCUUCAAUACAAGACCUGUUUUAGGUAAAAACACAAUGCUGGCUGAAGUGGUAGAGAAACUGAAGACGGCUAAACGAAAAGCGGCUCAUCUUGAUCACUAUUAUGCUGAACCUGGAGAUGUGGAGUGUGACGUCUGUACUGAGAGAAAACACAAAGCUGUCAAGUCCUGUCUGGUGUGUCUGAACUCUUACUGUCAAAAUCAUCUUGAACAACAUGAGAAUUUAUUCAAAGGGAAGAAGCACAACCUGAUAGACGCCACUGGACGACUUCAGCAGAUGAUCUGCCCUCAACAUGAUAAAGUACUUGAGAUUUACUGUCGUACUGAUCAGCUCUUUAUUUGUUAUCUGUGUAAGGUGGGCAAACAUAAAAAACACAAUACUUUAAAAGCUGAAGAAGAAAGAAGAAAUAAACAGAAACAAUUAAAGGAGACCCAGAGAAAAUACCAACAGAGAAUCCUGGAGAGUCAGAAGAAGCUUCAGGAGCUGAGAGAUGCUGUUGAGACUCGUAAGCGCUCUGCACAGACAGCAGUGGACGACACUGAGAGGAUCUUUACUCAACUGAUCCAAACCAUUGAGAGAAGACGAUCUGAGGUGACACAGCUGAUCAGAGAUCAGGAAAAGAUUGCAGUGAGUCGAGCUGAAGGACCCUUGAAGCGACUGGAGCAGGAGAUUGAUGAUCUGAGGAGGAGAGACGCUGAGCUGAAGCAGCUUUUACACACAGAUGAUCACAUCUAUUUCCUCCAGAGUUUCCAGUCUCUCUCUGUUCCUCCUGGACCUUUAGACUCACUCAGCAUCACUGUCAGUUCUCUCCCAUCUUUUGAUGAUGUAGGAAACUCUGUCAAUAAUCUAAGACAAGAAUUGGAGGAUUUCUGCACAGAGGGGAUAAGAAAGAUAUCUAAUAGAGUUACUCCUGACCCUAAGACCAGGAUGCAGUUCUUACAAUAUUCUUGUCAGGUUACUCUGGAUCUAAACACAACACAUGGACAUCUCUGUUUGUCUGAGUGGAACAGAGUGAUUACUAACACUGACAGAGUCCAGCCGUAUCCUGAUCAUCCAGAGAGAUUCAAUGGUUGUUAUCAGGUGUUGUGUAGUGAGAGUGUGAGUGGACGCUGUUACUGGGAGGUUGAGUGGAGUGGUGUGGUAAAUAUAUCAGUGUCAUAUAAAAGCAUUAACAGGAAGGGAUGGAGUAAUGAGUGUUUGUUUGGAUGUAAUGAUCAGUCCUGGAAUUUGCACUGCUGUGACACCAGUUAUUCAUUUUGGCACAAUAACAAUCAAACUAAACUCCCAGUAGUGUCCAGAUCUUCUAGAAUAGGAGUGUAUGUGGAUCACAGUGCAGGAUCUUUGUCCUUCUACAGCGUCUCUGACACAAUGACCCUCAUCCACAGAGUCAACACCACAUUUACUGAACCUCUCUAUCUUGGGUUUGGGUUUGGAAUUUUAGAUUAUAACUCAAAAGCGAAACUGUGUUAUGCAAUAUGACUAACAAAGGUACUACAAAGAAGAUUGUCAAAUCAUUGAUAAAUCAUCAUCUAAUUAGUUAAAGGCGGGGUGCAUGAUUUUUGAAAAACACUUUGGAAAAGGGAGUCCGUCUGAUUACCAAAACACAUCAGCAGUAAGGGGCGUGUCUCCUAACCAACGUUGUUGCCUGGGUUGCAUAUGUGUGGGGUGGGUCUACAAAAGAAGGUCCAGAUUCUAUUGGGGUAGGGGCGUGUUUGUUAGGUGAUUUCAAAUGUCAACAUUGGCUUUCAGAGAUCAUGCACCCUGCCUUUAAGCUGUCAUUUAGGCUAUAUGCACAGCAAAUUUAAAUGCAUGUAUUACAUAUGGAGUCCCUCUGGUGUGAAAUUACUUGCUUAAAGACAGGAUGGUUAAUUGAUCACCACUUGCAAGACUUUAACUUUUAACCUAUCCAUCAGUCUUCAAUUAUAUAAUAUGUCAGAUAUUAUUAGAUUAAAUUAUGUUUCUUCAGAUGAAAGUAUGAAUAUGAGAUUGGAAUUAGAAAAAUGAUUUGUAUUUGACAGCUAAACAAAUCAUGUGAGCAUUAGGGUGUGUACUGUGUACUGUAAAUGUGUUUGUGUAAACGUUUGUAUGCGAAUAUCCUUGUGUGGAUGUUUGCUUGUAAAGUCAUAUCUGCUUUAUGCUGCAGAUUGGUCAUAAAGUUCUUUUAUGAAUCAUGCCCAACUUCUUAAAAUAUGCAAAACUUCUUAAAAUAUGCCACUCCUACAACUAAAUAGUUUAAAGCCACUGCUAUGCAUUACAUUUUCCCCCCUAAAAAUCACUGUAUUUGUAUAAACACAAAAGUAUUUUCAUAUGUAAAUUCAUACUGCUUUAAAAUUGACAGUUAACGAGGUAAAUUCUACCUUUAACCUUAAAAAGAUCAAACAAUGUUAAUGGUUUAAAAGUAGCAAAAUUCUAGCCAAUACUGAUCUGUGUGUGUGUGUUCACUAGUGACUGCCAUUUAGUCAACUUGUUUAUUACAUAUGUAU